GGUCGGCCGCGAUGGACGUGAGCUGAUGAGUUGUCUUUUUUUGGUUUUUGUUUUUAAGGGGAGGAAAGUGAGCAGAAUCCGCCACAUGCAAGGGUGGAGGCAAGAUGAAGAGGCUUCCUGUGGCAUCCUCAAAGUGACACUUCAAGUGCUCACGUGAGAGUCUGGGCCGGGUUAGUCCAAUGAUCGACACCGGCCCGUCGAGCACGCUGGACGGCGCGGCGGAGGCGCCGUGCACCGUGUGCUGCUGCACACUGGGCAACAAGAUCCUCACGGUGGUCUUCAUGGUGCUGCUGAUCUUGGCCAUCCUCUUCGGCAACCUGCUGACCCUGGCGGUCGUCUUGGGCACUAAGCACUUCCGCACACCGCAGGGCUACCUAAAAGCCUCGCUGGCUGCGGCCGACCUGGCGGUGGGUGCCUUCGUUGUGCCGCUGUCUGUCUACGCUGAGCUCUACCUCAUGGCCGGCGAUUCUGCGCCCGAGUGGACGGCAUACAACUCUCAGUCGGUGAGCUUCCACCCUUGCACCGUUAUCGGACCCAUCUUCGCCGGUUGCACACUGGUGUCCAUCACCACCAUCUUCCUGAUGACGAUCGAGCGUAGCAUUGCUGUGCUGAAGCCGCUGCACAAAGACUCGGUGAUCACGCGCAAGCGGACCACAAUCCUCAUCGUGCUCUCCUGGCUGGGGAGCUUCUUCCUGGCCGUGUCGCCCCUGGUGUUCAGCCGCGAGAUUGUCCUGGAGUACAACACCUGCAGCCGCAUGUGCAACUACGCCCUAGGGACCAUCGGCGAGUUCCCCUCGCAGGCCUGGAACAUCCUGCUCCUCUUCCCCGCCUUUGACUUCACCCUGCUGAGCGGCACGGUGGCCAUCAACAUCAUCUCGCUGUCCAGCAUCAGGCAACACUCCAAGCGCAGGAAACACCUGGCAGAGGCCGAAUGCCAAAAAGCCAGCAAGCCCACUUUCUCUGACAUCAAGGCAGCCAAGACCAUCGGGACACUGACGGUGGCCUUCACUGCCUCCUUUACACCCAUCGCAGUCUUUGUGGUGGGCAAUGUUCUUGGCAACGAGUGGUGCAAUUUCUCCUUCUUCGCCUUCUGGAUUUUGGCCACCAACAGCUGCUGCAAUGUGAUUAUUUACAGCGUGCGUGACCAGAAGUUCAGGCUGUGUGUGCACAAGUUGCUGCUGAGAGACGCCAAUAAGAGCUGCAGACAGACUUGAGCUUUUAUUUUUUUGUCGAGUCUGCAUGUCUGUCUAAAAGUGACAUCUCGGAAACGCACAGAACACUUAAGCGGGGUUCCAGUUAGGACCUGAGCUUUUUGGAUGGAUUUUCACAGGGUGGGAUUGAGUGAUUGUUGUUGUUGGUGGAAGGUAUUGGAUUUUCGGCAAAGAUGUUGAUGGGUGCGUGCAAUCAGUUGGCCAGCAAAUUUGUCAAUAUAUGGGUUGACUGUUUUGAUGGCGGCAUAACCUAACCCUAACCGUAACCUUCUUCCUUCCGAGCCUUAAUUCUACCCUAACCAGUAACACUAAACUCUAACUAACCGUAACUCCUAAUUCUUUUCCUUAACCCUGAAACCCAUCCUUUACCCUAACUGCUAACAUUCUUCCUUCCCGACCUUAACCUAAUAAGCAACUCUACCCUCUUCCUUCUUUUCCAUGAACCCUCGCCCUCAACCUGAACCCAAACUCCAAGUUCUCUUCCUUCCUAACUUUAACCUAACCAACAUUCUGCCUAGAGGUGUUCUUUUAGAUCGUAAAAUAGUUUUACCAUCCUCUUAAACUUGUGCUCAUUGUUGGGUACUACACCUUUACCUAACCUAACCCCUGAUCCCCAACCUUUACCCUAACCCUAAGCUAACUUUAAACCUCACUACCUUUUCAUAACAACAGUAUUAAUACCUCCUCCACCCUCACCAUGUUUGUUAUCAAAGCCACUUGGUUUUUAUUCGCUGAACAUUUAUUCCGUUUUCAUAUGUAGGGGAUCACCAGGAGCCUUUAGAGCGGCGGAGGGGAGUUGUCUUGUUUUCUGUGAAGCUGUGCUAAAAGUCUGUCGAAUGGUUCUUCAUCUGAGCUCAAUAAAA